CCGGAGGGCGGAGCUGCGGGUCUCUGCGCCCCCGGUAACGUUACCGACGGAUGCACCGAUCACUGCUGGGCGGAAGAGCGUCAUUUCAGCAGCAAACAGACCGAGAGAGAAGCAGCGCGGACGGACUCGGCGCUCCCGUUAACGGAGAUCAAGCGGGGAUCGAGGCGUCGACGCUUAUCGAAAGCGAUUUUCUCUUUCUUCCGCAGCAGGAUGGAUUUACACGCGGACGCCCGACGCGAGCGCGAUCCUCCCGCAUCACCGGCGGAGCGUCACUGAAGCAUCACCCGCGCUCCGCGACGCAUCCGACCGCUCCGAUGCGAACAAAAGCCUCGCUUUCACCUCCACCCUGACCGACCGCAGCGCCUCCAUCCGCAAUGAACAUCUAGAGGAGCGUCAGGCGAUGGGAUGAAGAUGAGACGUCACAGGGUUUUCUUGAUUUGCACGGUGGGACUGUGUGUCAUUUCCUUCCUGCAUUACUACAAGGCUCUCCACUACGUGUCCCUGCUGAGGGAGUUGUCUGCACCGUACCCUAACAUCAAAUCCUUCAUCAUGGUCACUGGUUUCUUCUGGAAGGAGGGCACCACCCCGCUGUCCAGCGCGUCUCCGGAGGAAGGGCCACCGCUGGUCCACAGGCUGUUGGACGGCAAGCCCCGGGCCGGAGGAGGCCUGGAGCUCGACACUGGACAAGAACCUGAAGCACCACAGCCGUGGAAGAGACCUGAAGAUCCGCAGCGUAGGAGCUCAGGGACUACAGAGGUCCACAAGGGAGGUUUGAUCGCCUGGCAGUCCAGCAGCCCAACCAACCAGAAGCCCGACCCACAGAGAGACGCUGCGGUCAGAGUCGCGGUGAACAAGCUUCAGCCACGUCACGCCUCAACUCCAGACCCACUGGAAUCCCUGGGCGACCUGCACCGCCGCACCCACGUCCUCCAGGAUGACCGCUCCCCUUAUUUCGUCCGUACCAAAGCAGGCGCUCUGUGCUUCCGUCAGGGGACGGAGGUGGCACCGCCUAAAGACGAGACGUUGAAAGCGAGACCCAGCAUAGCUGGCCUUGGCCAGCGGAGAAUCCUGCAGAAACCUGAUGAGUUGAAGACUCCAGCGAAAUCAGUGGAGGAGUCCGGAGCCGCUCGAGGGAAGCCCAAGCGCGGCAAGCGACUUGUGAAGUGCGUUUGUCGGCCGGGCUGGCACGGUCCUUACUGCGGAGUGCCCACUAUGGUAUACCACUCCAAUCUGCCCACGAAAGAGAGACUGACCCCUCGCGAGACGCCUCGACGUGUCAUAAACGCCAUCAACGUGAACCACGAGUUUGACUUGUUGCACGUGCGCUUCCGCGAGCUCCUCCGGGCCGUGGAUCUCUUCCUCGUGUGCGAGUCCAACUUCACGGCAUACGGAGAGAGGCGUCCGCUGAGGUUCCUGAAUCUGCUGCUCAACGGGACGUACGAUUACGUGCGCCACAAGAUCCUCUACGUUUUCCUGGACCAUUUUCCAGAUGGUGGCAGACAAGACGGAUGGAUCGCCGACGACUACCUGCGCACGUUUCUGACUCGCGACGGCAUGGCGCGGAUCGUGGGCUCGCGGCCCGACGAUGUUUUUCUCAUCAACGAUGCAGACGAAAUUCCGGCUCAGGAGGGAGUCCUUUUCCUUAAGCUUUUCGAUGGCUGGACGGAGCCUUUUGCCAUCCACAUGCGGAAGUCCCUGUACGGAUUUUUCUGGAAGCAGCUGGGCUCCCUCGAAGUGGUGUCGGGGUGCACCGUCGGGAUGCUGAGGGACGUCUACGACAACGACGGCAUUCGGCUCCGGCGGCGGGAGUACUACACCAUGCCGGGAUUCCGGAAGUACGAGAACGACACCGGACACAUCUUGGUGCAGUGGUCGAUUGGAAGUCCGUUCCAUUUCGCAGGCUGGCACUGCUCCUGGUGUUUCACGCCAGAGGGAAUUCACUUCAAACUCAUUUCGGCCCAGAACGGGGACUUUCCUCGCUGGGGCGACUACGAGGACAAGCGCGAUCUCAACUACAUAAGGGAGCUGAUCCGAACCGGGGGCUGGUUUGACGGCUCCGUGCAAGAGUACCCUCCCUCGGACCCUAAGGAGCACAUGUAUGCCCCCAAAUACAUGUUGGAUCAUUAUGAUCACUACCGCUACUUGUUGGAGAACCCUUAUGCCAAGCAGUCCAACCUAGGAGACGCAUAGAGCAGAAUGAGGGCCAAAGAUGGUUUGAUUGAAGACCGUAAGGAAGGGGAACAGAGAGGGAGAGAAGAGAACGCCGUCCUGUUCUUCUCUUUCCUCUCUCUCUCUCAUUGGUCCCAACAUCCAACACCGUCCAAUAUCUGAAUGCAGGCCUUGCAGAGACCAACAGCAAACCUUUCUGUUUUGGUCGAUGUUUACAUGAAUGAUUUCCAGCGUUCUUUGAGAUACUCUGCAAUAGACGCCUCCUGUGUUCACUGUACAAGACUGUGUGUAUGUGUGUGUGAGAGAGAGUGAAUGUGUGUGUGUGUGUGUGUGUGUGUGCGCGAUCAGACUGAAUUUCAUUGGUGCACAGACUUUCUUGCUUGCACUUUAGAAUCAAAAUAAGAAAACUCAUUGCACAAAUGCCACAUUUUUGGGUUUGUUGACAGCUUGUAAAUUCCUCCGAACUCAAACGUCUUUUUCCUCGGUCAGAAAAAUAUCUUUGUGUAUCAUUGUGAGCUGUUCUGAAUGAGUUUGUGGACUAGAGAGAGAAAGAAAGAGGCCAUUCGAGAGAAACAGAGCUUUGUUUGAGCUCUGCUGGGUUCUGAUGGAGCUGAUAUGUGAGAUUGUGCCGAGCGAGAGAGGUCUGCUCGGAUAACACAAAUGAGCUUCCUGUUUGAGAAAUCCUUGCGGAAAACACCCUAAAGCUGGAAAAAUAGCUGUUUUCAAGUCAGAUAUUUAGUCUGUGAACCACUCAUGUUGUGCACAAGAAUGGGGAGACGCCAGAUAAAAAAUAAGUCAGAGGCUCUGUUCCAAACUAGUGAGAUGCCUUCGUAGGCAGCACUUUAAGGCAUCACAGCUGCGUCCCUACACAAAGGUUGUUUCAAAUCAUCUGCUGCCUUCCAAUUUACCUUCUUUUGGCCAAAUUUAAAAUUCUAAUUCAUCUUUUUCAGAGAAGGCGUGAUCUGAGAAGGCAUUGCGACAAUCUACUUAAAAAAAACAUCCAUGAUGGCGGACAAAGACUUGCUGAUUAUAAAUGCAAUGUAUUCAAUACAGAAAAGCAUUGAUAUAAACAGUUUAGUCCAAUGUGUAGUUUUUGUUUUGCUUAACUGGAAUCAGCAAUGCAGCUCACUGUGUUUUGGAACAGAGCCAUGUAGUGUUUGCUGGUCUUGGCUCUCUCGUGAUUUAAUUUUAAGUCAGAGCAGGAAACAGUGUCUUAAGAAAUCCGGCACUGGAAAUUCCCUGUUCUCAGAGCUGUGAAGCCAUCUGAUCACAUUAGAGAUCUGUGCGGAAUUACAUUUACACAGCGGCACAGAGAUCUGAAGAGUUGUGGAUGAUUUGACAGGGAUUGUUGUAGGAUAAUUCUGUCAUUUAAUGACUAUCUUUCUUCUGGCGCUGUUAAAGUCAACAUGAAAUCAACAUGGACUCUCUUAAUUCAUGUUUCUGCCUUAUUGUGAAUGAUUCACCGUUAAUAUUCUGAAGAAUUACAGCUGACAUCAUCAAUCCACUGACAACAUCUGAUAAAAAAUCAAGUCCCAUCCUACAUUUGUUCUCGCGCUUUCAUUCCAGAAAUACAAGUAAAACAUGACACAAAACCAGUCAUAAGGGUAAAUUUAUUUGAAAUUGAGAUCUAAAUCUAAAUACAUAAGCUUUCCAUUGAUGUAUGGUUUGUUAGGAUCGGACAAUAUUUGUCUGAGAUACAACUAUUUGAAAAUCUGGAAUCUGAGGGUGCAAAAAAAUCUAAAUAUUGAGAAAAUCACCUUUAAAGUUGUCCAAAUGAAGUUCUUAGCAAUGCAUAUUACUGAUCAAAAAUUAAGUUUUGAUAUAUUUACGGUAGGAAAUUUUUAAAAUAUCUUCAUGGAACAUGAUCUUAAUACCCUAAUGAUUUUUGGCAUAAAAGAAAGUGUCAAUAAUUUUGACCCAUACCAUGUAUUGUUGACUAUUGCUACAAAUAUAGCUGUGCUGCUUAUGACUGCUUUUGUGCUGCAGGGUCACGUAUGGGUUGUGAAUGCCUUUUCAUGUUGACUUUAAUCCCCAAAAUGAUCAGCCAUAAACAAACUCCCAUAAACAGGGAAUCACUUCCGAAGAACAUUAUCUCUCUGUCAGACAUGCUGCUAAAAACAGAUCUCCAGAUAUAGGAAAUAUCUGUGCGCCGGGGAAUUAAAACACUGCCAUGGUGAAAUAUAUAUCACCAGUAGUCAAGGGUCAUGAAUUUAUACUCGCAAAUGACUUCACUGAUUACUCACUGGUAAAAGGUCAUUCGGCUGUGACACUACACAUAUCUGUGUGGCCUGUUCGUGCCACUGACUGCUGUUCUGUGUCCCAACAGCAGCACAUUAUAAACAGGCUAAAGAUAGAGACAGCGUUAGAUGUCUGAAGACAUAACAGAUCUCAGCAGAGAGACAGGUGCACAAGCGUUUAUAGUGUUCAUCCGCCAGGGUCUCAGAUGUGCUUCAUGCCACUGUGAUUGCAGUGCGCUCGUGACCUUCGUGUGCACAGAAAAUGAGAGAUCGAAUGACAUCUCCAAAUUCCACAUGGGAAUAGAGUCAGAAUGUUGAGCUUUUAUUCCAGUGACGUCUGGUGAAGCGAUUGCAUUCUUAUCCUGAAACUCCAGCAUUAAUGAGCAGACGAGUUUGUUUCAUUCUUACUGAAUCACAAUCAGUUCACAUCUGCAUAUCAAGCAGCCAGCAGGUGCAGGAAUAUCUGUAUUAAUGGCCUUAUGAAUGACCUCUUGAGUUGGCAUCAUAUUUUACAGGCAGGAGAGCCAAACUCAUAUCAGAGUUCACAUCUGCAGGAUGGGACCCGUCCUUCCAUAACCGUCGUGCCACAUUUAGUUCAGAAGAACAUUUUAUUCGAUUUGAACCUGUGUGACAGCAGGUGCUAAGAGGAGAUUUUGUGUUGAAUUUAAUGAUGGUUUUGCUCAUUGAGGUGUUUGGCUGUAGAUCAGGAGCUCACAGACUCUCUCUCUCUCUCAGUUAACAAACAUUCACUGUUUUGGACUUAUUGUCUUUUUUGUUUUGUGUUGUUUGCUGUUGUAAAUGUUGUUGCUGUUUACAUUAUUUAUCUUAUUUAUUACUCUCCUGUUUCUGUGUAGAAAAGGGAAGCUCGGUCUGUCAGAGGAAAGAGAAGUUCUUCUCUGACUCGGUAUGAAAGACUGAAACGUCUCUCUCCUCCACGUCAUCCCUCCAUCCCGUCCUCUCGCACCGUAUUAUUCAUCUUAAACACGAUAGUGAAAGUCACUCAUGAACCUUCUUGGCCAGAAACACGUAGUAUGCAAACGCACGUUCUUGUGCUAUUGAGAUUUGAGAGUUUCAUCUGUUUAUUCUAUAUUUUCAGAAUCAGAAUCAGAACUUGAAUCAGAACUUGGUGCUGUGCAUUGGUUGUUAUUUGGAUGUUGGGAGGUGGGCGUGGCAUUCAUAAGUGUAUGCAGAUGAGUGUGAGUGUUUAUGGGGCGGAGUUUGAGAGCACUAAAUGAUUGGAGAAAUCCUGCAUACAUCACUAGUCAUUUAAGACUUUUCAAUUAAACAUUACCAGGUCAAAAAAAAAUAAAAUGAAAGAUAAAUUGUUCACAAUAAGAUCAAUAAUUUGAGGGGAAAUAAAUAGGAAAAAAAAAAUAAUCAAAUUCCAAUAGCUGACUUUAAGGGCUGGAAUACACUACAUGAAGUCAUAACAGAUUUUAAAACACCAGGCAUAGCCUAGUUAGCAGCAUGCCAACAUAUAACCUUUGCGUUACACCGUGUCCUAACUACACGCAACGCGACAAGAUUCCAGCCACAAGCAACUUGUCUGUCCACAGCCAAUCAGAAGCGUGUGUGGGCGGGCUCUCUCUGGAAGCACUGCACUCGCAACGAAAUGGAUAAGUUUAUGAUCCAAUUCAUGAAUAUUAAACCUUUUUAACAUUAUUAAAUGUACAUACUGACUGAUACUAUCUUUGUUAUGGAAUACACUUGAGUUCCCAGCUUUAAUUUAUUUUCAAGAUCUAAGGUAAACUGUCUAUUGUUGCUUUCAGUAUGGCUAUAAGGUCACACAAAAUGAUAUUUAAACUCAUAUUAGACACGUUUAACUUUGAAUAAAGCACAUAAUCACCUGAGAUUAUCUACUGUCAUAUAGUUUGUAUGCUGUCCAGCCGCGACAUCACGGAAAUAGAAACCGAUUUUGCGUAUUGGUUACUUAGGACAAAAACUCAUGGAAAAGAUACCUUUUAUCGCGUGUUGCAGCGUGGCAUGCAGUUAGGACACGGUGUUUCAGGUGUCCCGAGUUCGAAUCCCGGAUCAAGGACUUUUCCAGAUCCUGCCCCCAUUACUUGCCAAUUUUUAAAUAGUUUCAGACAAAAAUGGGCAUCACUAAAGGACUGAAGAUCUCACACUAAAAGACUUGUGAGUUUCAAGAACAACGAACUCAUGCAGUUGGUAUAGGAGAUGCAUAACAAAUGAAAACAAAAUGUGUUUUAAAAUUGGCUCAACAAUAUUUAUUUAAAUAACAUCACCUUUGAUAUAUUCUGACUGGAUGGAAUCAGUGUCUGAAGAUAAAAAAAAAAAAAAAAUGGAGUCUGUACUCACCGUACGCGAUUUUCUUAGGACUGACUCUGAUGUUUGGCAACUAGCAUCGACAUGUUUAGACUUAAAAUCGAUGCUAAAAUCUGUACAAAUGCCGUGUAAUGUAUUCCAGCCUUCAACAAGAUUCUCUUAAACUCUAGCUCCACCAGAACAAGCAAACUGACCCGUUAGAAACUAGCCACCCGCCACUGACGGCUGAGAACGCAGCGCGCAUGCGCAGUAAAUUGAUCUUCGGCACGUUUCCGUUUGCAUACUUGCGUAAAGUUUGAUUCUGGUCAUUAUCUGGGGUUUGUCUUGUGACUCACCUGUGAACGGUGUCGUCUCAUUUAUCAGGGAGCUUUGCUCGCAUCACCGACUCGCAGCUUGUACCGUUUUGUGAUAAACGGAUGAACACGCACGCUUAUAUUAAUACAAGGUUUUAUACGGAAUGAAAGAACGAACGAAAGAGCAGGUGUCACCACAAAUCAAAGGAAAUGAUGACGUUAAUCAUGAGGUGGUAUAUGGACACACACUUACACAACACCUGGAUAUUAAAUAUGUGCGCAUAUAUACAUGACUGAGCCGCUGUCAUCAGCUUCAUCAGCUGUUUGAAGAAGAUGCGAUGAUUAGCGUGAGUGUCAAACACGCUCAGGGCUCCACAAACACGCGUGAUCCUUCAGGAAAUAAUAGUGAACGUCAGAAUCUCCCGUGCUGUCAAACUGUUCAUAUCUGCACUGCAUUUUAUGAUUUUUUUAAGCGUAACUUAUUCAGUGUGUUCUGCUUUAAUAUAUUGAAGAUUUUUUUAUUUCGUUAUAUUUUGGGUGAAUUUAACAUUUCUUCUCAUCAUAAUGUGUAAUCUUGUAUACGACGCUGAGAUCCUCAUAUUGUAACACAAAGAUCAUUGUCAUGUUUGUCACUAUUAUUACUGUAUGGGUUUCUGUUCCGCUAAUCAAGUUUAACUUCCCCUGUGAUCUGAUUUCAUAUGCGCUGCAGUGUGAACACUCUCCUCCAAUCACGUCCAUUCUUUUCUCACUCUCCUCCAAUCGCGUUCUCCUCUCUCUCUCAAUUCAAUUCAAAUGAGCUUUAUUGGCAUGACUUGCACAGUAUUGCCAAAGCAUUGUCCAUUACAUGAAUAAGAAUAUCUCUCUCUCUCUCUGUGUGUGUGUGUGUGGGGUGUGUGGGGUGUGGGGGGGGGGAGUUUCUCAUACUGGUUCACAGAUGGAAUCAUUUCUCUAAUAACCGCAGUCAGACAAAGGACGUAUCAAUGAGAAAAGAAUUAAAGUGUUUGAAAAGAAUGCACUGCUAAGAAGGAGCGUGUACAUUUAAUGAGUUUAUACAAUCUUUUUUUGUUUUGUGUAUAUGAAUGGCUAUAUGUUAACCUUGAAGAAAAAUUAAAAAUAACAAAUUCUAUGACAAAAACUAUAAUAAAUUAAUUUGAAAACCACUUUCCAUUUACAUGUUUCACUGUGGCACUUUGUGUUUCAUGUAUAUGUGACCCUGGGCCACAAAACCAGACACAAGGGUCAGUUUUUUUUUUUUAAAUUGAGAUUUAUACAUUAUCUGAAAGCUGAAUAAAUAUGCUUUCCAUUGA